AAAACGCUUACGUAAUGAUUCCGGUGACGAGAGGAAUACAUCACUUUCAUCCACUUUUAGCUGGAUGACAGCUUACUUCGUCAUUUAUUCACAUUAAUUACCAGUAUAUAUGUAAUUUAAUGAGACGUAAUCGAUUUUUUUUUUUAUAUGAGCGAAACUGCAAAUGCCGCCACUCAGUGCUAUGGGUGUUAGCUUUAGCAUCUAGCACCUUGUGGCAUUGUUAAAAACAAUGCACAAAGUGGGCGCAUAAUGCGUUUUUAGUAAAUUGUCGAUUGGCGCGAGUGGAGUUGCUCAUCAUUAUAUCCGUGCUUGACUGUUCAGGUCUAGACACUUUUACCGAAGGCGCUCUGUUUGAGCAUAAUGGAGGAAACGUUCGAGUCGGUCGUCAACAGUAGCGUCGAAUGACGCUUAAAUACCCACAAUGGCCUCGGUGCUGGAUGACCCCAGCAUGGAGAGGCUGCUUAAAGGCCACAAGGAUUCGGUGACCUGCGUGCAUUUUAAUCCAAACUCCAAAUUAUUGGCGUCGAGCUCCCGCGAUAAGAGCCUGAUGAUCUGGAAUCUGUCAGCCAAGGGAAGGUCCUUGCGUUUCAUCAACCAUCGAGACGCCGUCACGGCCGUGCAGUUCUGCCCCGUUGGCAACCUCGUGGCGACCUCGUCCAAGGACAAAACGGUGCGACUGUGGAAGCCUUCCUUGAAAGGGGAGUCAACAGUAUUUAAGGCGCACACGGCUGCCGUACGCAGCGUCGCGUUCUCCCACGACGGCAUGAGGCUGGUGACGGCAUCAGACGAUAAGUCGGUGAAGAUUUGGAGCGUCGCCCGGCGAUGUUUUUUCUGCUCGCUCAACCGACACACCAACUGGGUACGCUGUGCUAGAUUUUCGCCGGACAGUCGCCUUGUUGUGUCCUGCGGGGAUGAUCGCACCGUCAGGUUGUGGGACACGUCCAGCAAAAACUGCAUCAACUGCUUCACUGAUUACCGCGGAUCCUCGACCUAUGUGGACUUCAACUCAAGAGGCACGUGCAUCGCGUCGUCGGGUCUUGAUAACGCACUUCAAAUUUGGGACCUACGCACUAAUAAGAUCAUCCAGCAUUACCUAGUCCACAGCGCUCGUGUCAACAGCUUCUCCUUCCACCCGUCUGAUAACUACCUGAUCAGCGGCUCCAGCGACAGCACAAUCAAAAUCCUUGACCUGCUGGAGGGACGCCUCAUCUACACGCUGCAUGGACACAAGGGCGCCGUCCUCACUGUGGCCUUUUCCAAGACUGGAGAAUUCUUUUCUUCUGGGGGCAUUGAUUCACAAGUGAUGUUGUGGAAGACCAACUUUGACGCCAAAUCAUACCGGGAGGUCCUGGAGCAGCACAGCCGGCGGGCCACGCCCAACCCCCCGCCACACCUGAUUGAUAUCCACCCCCGGGUGCCCCACCCUCACCCGACGCACACGGUCGACAUUCAGGUGGGUUUGGGACUGACGGACAUGCACUCAUCAGAACCAUACAUCGUCGAGCUACAAGAAGGUCCACGCCAAGACGCAGACCAUGGCAACGAUGUCCACCACUGCAUCGUCGAGGGCUACGCCCAUGACAGUCCGUCUCCCGUCGCGAUGACGACAGAAGACGAAGGCUGGACGAAGGAGGAGAUCGGGGCCGAGGCAAGUCAAUGGAACCAGCGAUGGGACAAGGGCAAGGGACACCGAGUCAGGGACGUUCGAACGCGGCGAGAGGACGACGCCGCAAAUUGGCACCAUGGCGAAACCGCCCCCCAGAUGGACCCGUCGCAGGCGCCAUCGGGGAAACCGUCCGUUAUCAACUCCAUCCUGCAAGAAAUCUUCAAGCAGCUAGACGUUCUCACGCAGACCCUUUCCAUAUUGGAAGAGCGUCUCAGCCUGACGGAGGACCAACUUCAGGACAGGCUCAACAAAACCCAACGUACUGGAAGACCACCUUAAUAAACCAUUGGAUCACCUCAAAUAAGGUACUCCAAAUGUGUGUGCGUGCUUCCCCUUCUGGCAUAUUAGCAUUUAACGCUCUGCGCGGCAAGGUCCGAGGGCGGAUUGACCAGAGACAUGCUAGUGUUCCUCAUCUGACAUUUUCCCUGGAUCACGACAUCCAUCUUGUGUCAUUCCCGUCUCCGAAAUAAGUGGCGAAU